AUAUUUGUCUACCAGUUGGUGAGAAGAUACGGCCCGCUAUAAUUCCGUUAAAUCACCCAAUUUAACGUUUAAUUUAACGGCCCGUAGUGAGAUCGUAAACGUAGACUAAUUUCGGCGCCGCCGAAAGUUGGCGGGAGUUCAAAUUUAACGUUUACGGUCUAAUUUUUCACCGUAAACGCAAAGUCGCAAUGUGCCUAUUUAACAGGCAAUACGAACGUUAACUUAUGCUUAAAAAAAUUGAUCACAUUCAUUACGCAUUGUCCACAUAAAUUAAGUAACUUGCCCAUAAAUGUAUUUCUUACUGCCAAGUUCAGAAGUUAAAAUGACAGAAAGAGUUCUUUAAUCGGUUUAAUUGCCUAUUUAAAAUUUAAAGUACACAAUUUUAUUAAAAGUCAUUGUUUUACCAACUACGCAUUUCUCAAAAUUAUGUAACCACGUCGUUUAAAUGGAAAGUUGUUUCAUGGUAAAAAAAAUUAAGUUUGGAAAUGUAAUUUUUUAGUAUUUAUAUGUUCGAUUUUGAGAUAAACGUUUGGCCAUGAAUAGGUCACGGAAAUAUGUCUAACAUAUGUACGAUACAAACUUCUAACUCAUCUCCGUUAUUUUGAAAUGGCGAAUUAAUUUAAUGACGAGGCAUCUCGUAGACAAGGGCAAAAAUAGUUUUCUUUUAAGUUUCGUAUUUUCAACUAUUUUGCAACCACGUUUUCAUAGUUUGUCAAAUUUAUGGUUUUCAGGAUAACCCUAAAGAUACAAAAAAACAGUAACGAAGAACCUUCCUACAUAUAUCGGAAUUUUCUUUAUAGAACACAUUUAUAUAUUUUUCCACUUUGUCCCUUUCCUACUUAUCCAGAAAGCAUAAAAAUAUAUACUUAAACCAAAGGUUAAGCCCACAGGUGCACAUGUAAAUAUUUUCAAUGGCGACGGAAGCUGUGACAAUUGGGGAGUUUAACAUUGCGAAAUAUGUAGGAUAGCGUGGGGUUCACAUAACAUAUAUGGACAUCUAAAAACUAUGGGGACAAUGUCCCCAUGCUUCGCGCUGCCACUUUGUAUUUUUAAUCCUGUACAAGGCAACUUAACACCGUACUACUUGGAACUCCUGAAUUAACUAUAAACAGCAGGUACCAUGCCAUGAGACUUAAUGCCAUAAAAAUUUUCCAAACCCAAAAAUGUCUCUAAGUUAUGGUAGGUCUAUAUAAACGUUUUCCUUCGUAUGUAUUUAGACAUAUAUACAUUUUCAACAAAAGAAGUCCAGCUUUGACAAACACAUUCCAAUGAAAGGGGUUAAAAUAAUUAAAUACAUAGAUAAAUAUAUUGGAAGGAAUAUCUACCUUAAGUAAAUUUACAGUUGACUUUCCAAACCAAAUUCUAGGUACACGUAAAAUAAAAGCUGAUCAUCUUUCCUUAUAUUUUUCACCUCCCCACCUCAACUUAGGGUGCGCAGGUGUUACAAACAAUGAAACCCUAAAAAUACGUAAAUUUAUCGUAAAAUUUACCUCUUUCUACAAAAAAAGGUGACACUCGUUCUUAUCACUUUGCCAAGGAAGUUACCAAACUUGCAGAGCCUCUCGUUCCUCGUUCCAUAUUUAAAAAAAGUAAAGAGAAAAUAAAAUGUGGAAACCUUUCGCCUUAUCAGUCAUGCUUAUCGCAUCGACUGUAUAUUCAAUGCCACAAGAGCACUAUCGAGUUGAAAAUCACAACGUUCACAACCCUCUGAUGUCAAUGUUAGAAUCAGGCGAGGAGUUUUUAAGCGAAUUAUUUGAAUCUGCUAAAACUACGCCUACCACGUCAAACUUGGUGACGUGGAUUUACAGUCCAUCAGAUUUACCUCAACCCCUACCAACAACACCAAUUAUACCGGAAAUUGUAGAAUCUGAGAUUCAAGAAGAUUCUAAGACUUUGGGGAAAUACAACGGGCUUCCCGCAAAGAUAGAAGAGAAGAGUACGAUAAACGUGUCGGAAACGUAUAUCGCCUCAUUGGAAAUUGUUGACAAUGUCAUCCAGCGUCUAAAAACCGAAUCAAAAAGAAUAGCCGAUCAAUAUCAAACUGCUUUAAAUAUUCGUGACAAAUUGAAAGCAAAGAAUCUCCAGGACCUUAAGGAAUCCGAGAUUUGCCCCAUAUGGGUUCCCGCAUCCUACGGGGAGAUUCCAGUUGGGGCGCUCAUCUCUGGAAUUGAGAACAAGGGACAAGAUAACGAGAAGAAGGUUUACGUCGCGAGGGCAGUCUUCAACACAUCCCUAAUCCCUGGUAAGGUCGUCACCGGACAUUUGGCCGCCUAUGUGGGUUACGGACCUUGGGAAAUGAGCUUGUUCAACUAUGAGGUUUUGGUCUCAUCCCCAAACAAUCUAGAGUGGAUGAACUACAAACUACAAGACGCAAACAAACUGUCCAAUUAUCCCUUAAUUGGAGGAAUCGACGCUAACGGGAAUCCCAUCUUGAUUGGGCGGACAUCCUUCAAAAAUCCGGAUGAUUGGUAUGGUGAGGCGAAUAUUGAGGCCGGCGCCUUUUAUCCGGGCCGGGCGGAAUUGGAAAUUACCUACAAGUACAGAUCCUACAUUCAAACUGGAGAUAUUCAGAUUUUGACCCUACUCACUAAAUCUGGGUGUGAGAAUCCUUCAUAAUUUAGUAAAUUAAAUUUACAUAAGUAAUUUCUCAGCUUUCAUUUUUUUAAUGAAAUUAAUUACUAAUUGCAACAAUUAUAUUAAUUUUCAUGUCAUUUUACCCAUUGAAAUUAUUCAUUAUUAAAUUUCCAAUUAAAAUUAUCUCUAUAUACCUGGAUUAUUUUAUGGUUAUUAUUAUGCAUGCAUACAUAUGUAAGGGAGCUCGUAGACACUCGAAAUGUUAUCUGACAACAAUUUGUUACAUACUAACAAGGAACAAUUUUGGGUAAAUAAUUAAAUAUUUAAUUAUUUACCCAAAAAUAAAUAUUUAUUUAUUUUUGAACUUAAACAUAGAACUUUUUGAAAUUAACCAACGAUGUAACAUAAGACAUUUUAGAAUGAGGACGACGACAUAUGCAAAA